AUUGGAGUGUGUAAGUAUAUUUAUGACCGUCAUACUGCCAUCCCUACUCAGUCUCCGCCUCCUCCUCACCCACCACCUCUAUUGACCCUUCUUUCUGUGUCAGUCUACUUCGAGUUUUAUACCAGUAAUGACCAUUUUCAUUUAUUCCCACUUUAUAUUAUUACCUAUAUCUAUUACCUCGAUAUGAUACCUUUAUGUAUGCCUAUGUAUGGUAGUGCACGUAUGUGUGUGCUAUUUGAGAGCCACGGACACAUACACAGACAACACAUGUCCAUGAAUCAUUUUUCAUGA